AUGUCUACGCGCGCCGGACGAAGUGGAAGAGGCGGACGAGGCGGACGCGGUCGUGGACGUGGUGGCAACGCUACCUCAUCCGACGCCCAAGCUGCUCCAGUUCCUGCAUCGGGCUCACCGGACGCGCCAGCUGCGGACAACACGCUUGAGUUGCUUUUCGGCAACCUGCCACAGGACUUACAGCCACGGCUGAAGGACUGGGCAGAGGGUGUCGAAGAAGCCCACAGAGAGACCACAACAAGGCUCCGCGAGGUGGCACCAAACCCGACCGAACAAGAGUACAACGCGUUGAUUGAGCUGGUCGACGACCCUCUCUGGACGGCGCAAGACACUGCCUGGCUCAACGGGAAUUGCGCGCAGUUGGAACAAGCCAUCAACUCCCGCGAAAGGAACACUUAUAUGCAGUCACUGUGGAAGUUGACGCCAAAGUUCAUGGGCUGUGUGCCUAUUUCCAUCAUCUGCCCAGAGAGGCUGUUGGAAUACGGCAGUGAACACCCACCCAUUGCGGUGGGAAAUCACCUUGUGACUCACCCGAAUUGGCCAUCAAGAUUCUGUGACCAUUUGAGAUUCUUGGUUGUCCAUCCGGUCUUCAACAGGUCACCUAGCCUCCUCGCGCUGGCCAUCCAGUACGCCGUCAAGUGUCGUACCAACGACCGCCGUCGGUGGCCCAUACAAGAUCCCACAGGCAAUCGCUACAUCAGCCUGUUGGCGACCGCAUUUAGGAACGGUCACGGGCAGACCAAGACCGAGGACAUCCAUCGAGAUGUCCGUCAACAGAUGGAAGACCACCCUCCUCUUUGCCGCCUCCUACAGGAACUCGAGCGUGUCUCCAUUCCCAGGCAGCUGCCAGAACCUGUCGUGGACGACAGCGAGCCAUUCGCGGCAUACACCGUCACUACCUCAGACCUGCUCAACAUCAAGAAAGCUGUGGAUCGGGUAGCCAUGUGCGGCAUGCCAGAUUACCUGCCCGCCGAUUUGAGGUUCAUGUGGACCACGUCGGCAAUCCAUGGGCAUCCCUAUCCGCCAGCCAACCGCAUCAAGGAAAUCUUGUUGAAGGCGUAUAAGAGGCAAGUUCAGGAGGCUGAACUGAGGCGGAGACGGCCUGCUCAGGCUGCACAGCAACCGAUGCAUGCUGCCUAUGUGCCACCGGCAGAGGUGACACCAGCUGAAGAAACAGCAAGGCAGUUAGAGCAAGCAACUGCCACCAUCGCUAGGCUCCAAGAGGAGUUGACGCAAGCACGUCUGGUUGACCCGCAGCUGAUGGGGUCGAAUAACACGGCCUCACUCGAGCAACGGGCUACCGCGGCCGAGCAACGGGUUGCUCAACUCGAGCAAUCGAACGCAGCCUUGGUCGCCGAAAAGGCACAACUCGAGCAGAAGUGUGCUGGCGCAGAGACACGCGCUUCGGCUGCCGAACAGAAGCUCCUUGAGCAAUCGGCCUUGGUUCAGGGGCAGGAAAGUGACAUGGACCAACAGGCCAUUGCCCGAGUCGCUGAACUCGAGAGACAGCUGGCCGAAAAGGCAGAAAAGCUUCAGCAAUCGAACGCAGACUUGCUUCAGGCUCAAGAGUCAGUGAAGAUGAUCCAGGCCAGUCGCCAACAGGCGGAUGACCAAGUCACUGAACUCAAGAGACAGUUGGCCGAAAAGGCACAAGUCGAGCAGAAGUGUGCUGAUCUUGCCGACAACCUCCAGGCCCAACUCACGGCUCAACACGGGGAUGAUGACAUGGAACUGGACAAUGACAGUCAUGGCAUGGAUGGAGAUGAUAUGGAUCUAGACCCCUUCCAAGACGAAGCUGACGAUAGCCUUUUUCUGUCAACUGUUGAGGGUUUGUGCAAGAAGGCACCGGAGCAAAGCUCCAUGUCCCAAAUGCAAGAAGUACCCGACUACAAUACAGUGGCUAGGUUGUUGUCUUGGGUGAAGCAGGACUAUGUAGAUUGA